AUGCCGCCAAAGAAACGCGAGAACGAUGCGGAUACCACCAGCGCUCCCGCAACAACAGCUCCUGUCAAACGCCAGCGAGUCUCUCUUGCAUGUGAUUCCUGUCGAACUGCGAGAGAAAAGUGCGAUGGCGCCCGUCCUCACUGUGGAACAUGCACUGCACAAAACAGACCAUGUUCGUAUACCCCUGCGUCGCGGAAGAGAGGUGUGCAAACUGGCUACCUCCGAACAAUUGAGCUGUCCCUCGCAUGGCUCUUUGAACAGGUUCCCGGAUGUGAAGGCGCUCUACAUCAGCUUCUCACACAGGAUGACGGCGCAGAAGGUACUCGCAUCCUCGCGACCAAGGAUAAAGCCAACCAUCGACUAUAUCGGCGAUGGAACAAAAGUCGAGUUCACAAAGAUAUUGGCAGGCUCUUAUCGGAUGAAAAGACACCACAGAACGAAACCUCUGCAGACGAUUCAGAGUCAGAGGAAAACACACCACCAGGCCCUCUAUUUGACAGCAACCCCUCGCCCAGUAUCACGAUUCAAGGCGUCAAUCCACCAACACAUCUCGCCACGCCAUCCUACAACUUUAACGACGAGCGCGGAUCACGGCCGUCUACCAAGCUGACGCUGCCUCCUCAUUGGAAGCGACUUGUCGACAUCUAUGUUUCCUACACCCACAGCUGGCUCCCAAUUGUUGAGCCUGCCAUUAUCACCAGCACGGCCCUGACAUAUCCUCCCAAUGGACUCGUCAUCGAAGCAGGCUUCACGUCUGCGCUUCAUGCUCAACUUUGGGCUGUUUUUGCAGUGUCUGCGUUUCAAGAUGCCGCAACCCCUCAUUCCUCCCACGACAAUGGAUUUACCCCCGACAAGAUUUUGGCCAUCGCCCGACAACUCGUACCUUUUGAUGACGAAGCCAUUGAUCUGGCACAUGUUAGUGCUCUGCUCCUGCAGUCACUGGUGAUGUUGGGCCAGAAAAAGACCAUGCCAGCGUGGACACUAAUAGGCCGUGCCUCGCGCCUUGCUCUAUAUCACCAGGCCACGGCAUCACACAUGUACCCAGUAAAGCAGGGAGCUGAGCAUUCGUUCAAUCGCAGCGAAAUCCGGGUUCUAUCUGCAGGUUUCAUCUUGGACUCUCUGGCAUCACUUUGCCUUGGCCAGUCCCAAGUAACUUCAGGCAUUCGAUACACACUUCCCUCCGUGUCAAUAGGGGACUUUCACGACACCAACCAACCUUGGGCGUCUGUCUCUGGAUUUGGGAAGGCAUCUGAAGAGAGACAGCAAUCAACGCUGGAAUGUGCAUCACCACUUCACACAUUUAGGCAACUAUUUUCUUUCUGUGCACUCUGGGGUGCCAGCAUGGAUGGAGGCCAAAAUACAAUUACGCCGGAUGACCUCGUGAAAAGCCUUGACUCUCGCUUUUCCUUUUGCAAUUCUCUGAUAUUUGGAGGCUCAACACCGAGAGUGCCGUCAGCAUAUUUACUUCAAGGAAUAUUCUUGGCAAUCACCUUGGACUUGGUGCCUGGUCAUCGACCAUCCCUCUUGUCCAACUUUGUGGAGGUUGUCGAAUCGUGCGUGGAAAACUUUGGACUUGGCGGAACACCUCCACUCGUAAACAUUCUGAUGCAGAUAGUCCAGCAGCACGGCCAUGCAGCCCGUUUGCAAGACGACGACCUUGGCAAGUGGAAUUCAACGAUGCAAGCACUCACAGGUACUUGGAAGGCAAAGGGGCAAGGACCUAGCACAUCUAAAAACAACCAGGACACGCCAAGCACGGUGGAUCCCGCCAGUCACCCAGUGGUAAGCCCGUCGUUCAUGGAUGAGUUAUCAGCCGCCACUCAUCCGACCCAACACGUUACCCACCCAGCCCCUAUCACAUCUGGGGAACUGGAACAUGAGCUUGGUCGGAUGCAGCAGAGGCAAAAAGAGCAAGCAUUACCAUUCGACCGACAACGUUAUCAAGACCAAAGUCCAAACUCGCAAUCAUUAUACACACUUACACCCAACCUUACAUUUCACACCCUACAAACAUCUCACCUCAAUGGUCAGAUAGGGUCUUUACCCCAUGAUUCGAAUAUGCCAAGCCAGCUGUUGGACUACGACGCCAUACUGGAUGAACUUGGAUCUAUAGACUGUGCGGACGGUAUUGAUGUGGACUCACAGUUUAUGACAAAUUUGGGCUUUGCGCCGGGAUGCGAUUUAGGAGAGAUGUUUCAAGGCGACUUUGGCCCAUGA